AUGAAAUCCAGGAAAAUUAUCCAAGAGGAUAAAGCUUGGAUAUCUCAUGGUGGAGAGUGGGUAAAUGCCUCAUUUGCUCCCUCUGAGGACGCCCAUAGUAGAUUGGCACCAAUUAGGGAAGCAAUGGGCGCUCAUGAAGAAUGGGACGACCAUUGCCGAUUUUGGGUAAAUGCCUCAUUUGCUCCCUCUGAGGACGCCCAUAGUAGAUUGGCACCAAUUAGGGAAGCAAUGGGCGCUCAUGAAGAAUGGGACGACCAUUGCCGAUUUUCGGAUUGUUCGUUUCAGUUCAACAGUUCUUUUGGAAAAAUCGGAAAUUUUUCUUCACCAAAUUUUCCAAGUAAAUAUCCUAAAAAUCUUCAAUGCAUUUAUCACUUCGUUGGAAAAGAAUUUGAAACAUUAAACCUUAGUUUUUACGUUUUCGAUCUCGAAGCUCCUUUUAGUAAAGGGUGUUUGACAGAUUACGCUGAUAUAUCGUCAAUCAGCAUUCAAAAUGAAAAGCAAUUAGUAGGAAGAUAUUGUGGUAGACAAGAUCCAUUUUCUUUAUUAUUUAUGCAUCCCAUUGCUGAAAUAAUAUUUAAGUCCAAUCAUGUGGUACAUCAUCGUGGUUUUUAUGGAAAAUAUGAAUUUACAGAUGAAAAAUUCAUUCCACCUCCUCGAUCUACUCCAACUAUUAAAAAUUGUGGAGGAAUUAUCACAGGUGUUGGUGGAAUUAUAACAUCUCCUGGUUAUCCUAAUAAAUUCCCAAAAAAUAUCGAUUGUGUUUGGUUAAUCCGUGUUAAUUAUAAUCAAAAUAUAUAUCUAAGAAUACUCCAACUGCAGUUAUAUGGCAGUAUAGCCAACUGUGGUGAAGCUGAACUGGCAAUUAUAGACGGUUACUCAAAUAUCCACUUCACUCCAAAAAUCCUGCAGAAGUAUUGUGGUGAUUUGAAAUACUACAAAAAUGUGGACGAUCAAACUCAACUUUCUGACAGGAAUAGAGUUAUAGUAAGAUUCCAGACAUCCGUAUCUGUUGAAGAAAAAAGAGAAGAAGAAGACAAAAAAGUUGUUGGUUUUAAACUUGUUUGGACUGCAGUCACUUUUAAAGAUCAAGGAGAAUGUCAACAAUUUGUAUGUAAAGAAAGUCUUUUCUGUAUUAACUCUGCUUCUAAAUCUUGUACUAAAACCAGACAUUAUUGCAUUGAUAAAUCAUUGGUAUGUAACAGCCUUCCAAAUUGUGGCAUGGAUGAUUAUAGCGACGAAGAUAAAUGUAAUCUACCACUGGUAGCAGGUUGUGGAGGAGCUGCUGCAAUGGUAGUUUUAAUUGCUAUCAUCUCCAUUUUUGUAUAUCGACGCCAUGCGAUCAGGAAAUCACUUUCUCAAAGCCAGGGACUCACUAUGCAGUUACGUCAACUAGAACAUAGUCCUUCAUUCGCAACGAGGCAAAUAGGACAUUUCUAUUCCCAACCAUCUGAUAUGAGGGCACCACACGAAGUCAAUUGUAGCGUCCAUAGCCACUAUGAUGUCAUCAUUAAUAACCGUUAUGGAGGAUACCCCACAGAAUCGCAUGGAGAAUGUCAACAAUUUGUAUGUAAAGAAAGUCUUUUCUGUAUUAACUCUGCUUCUAAAUCUUGUACUAAAACCAGACAUUAUUGCAUUGAUAAAUCAUUGGUAUGUAACAGCCUUCCAAAUUGUGGCAUGGAUGAUUAUAGCGACGAAGAUAAAUGUAAUCUACCACUGGUAGCAGGUUGUGGAGGAGCUGCUGCAAUGGUAGUUUUAAUUGCUAUCAUCUCCAUUUUUGUAUAUCGACGCCAUGCGAUCAGGAAAUCACUUUCUCAAAGCCAGGGACUCACUAUGCAGUUACGUCAACUAGAACAUAGUCCUUCAUUCGCAACGAGGCAAAUAGGACAUUUCUAUUCCCAACCAUCUGAUAUGAGGGCACCACACGAAGUCAAUUGUAGCGUCCAUAGCCACUAUGAUGUCAUCAUUAAUAACCGUUAUGGAGGAUACCCCACAGAAGUUUGACAAAAGCAGCCUCUCGCUCUAGGGGAGCGAGGGGGCCGAUGUUAAACGUGUCAGAAAACGUGCCUGGGAUUUCGUUAAACUCGAAAAUAUAACAUACAAAAAUAUAUAAAUAAUGCCGAUAAACAUACAAUACAAUUUGUACAUUUAUCGACGUAAUACAGAAGAAUGUUCUAUCUCUCUCUAUAUCUAUCUCUCUACCUGUUGACAAUGUACAAGUAAUUGUUAUAUGAAAUGUUUCAUAUAACAUUACUCAGUCGCAUGGUAAAACGUGC